AUGGACGGCUCGUUUGAGCAGGCAGUAGCUUUCGUUGGGUCCUCCACGGUGGCUUCGAGUAACGAGACAAAGCUCGCGCUCUACGCCCUCUUCAAGAUCGCGACAGUCUCCUCUAGACCAACAACGUCUCGGCCAGGCUUACUUGACUGGACUGGACGGGCAAAGUGGGAUGCGUGGGACAAGCUAGGGCGGGAGGAACGGUUCGAAGGCGAGGCUGGCAAGCGGCAAGCGCAGGAAGAGUACGUUGAAGUGGCGCGGAGACUCGGCUUUGAUGCGAAUGAGACGGCGAAAGGAGACGGCGGGACGCAGGAUGUGCCAAAGAAGGAGAAGCAGGAGCAGAUGGUUUCGGUGAGCACAAUGGGAACGGAUUUUGUCGACGAAGCACCGCCCUCAAGACUACACGAGCUCGCAAUCGCAGGCGACGCCGAUGCGCUUGAGGCGUUCCUUCAGGACAAGGCAGCACGAGACGGCGUGAACGAACGGGACAGCUAUGGGUACACGGCGCUGCACCUAGCAGUAGAUCGAGGCAACUCCGGCGCGGUGAAGGCGUUGCUCGGGGCGGGAGCAGAUCGGUCUAUACAGGAUGAAGACGGCAACACGGCUCUCGAUCUCGCACGACUAGCCGAACACGAGGACCUCGUAGCUCUGCUGACAUGA